GAAGAGAGGCGAGGGGGAGUAAAUGCAGGCUGCAGAGAGUGUGUCGCCAGUGCGGAGGUGACAGCGGAGAAUGGAGACGAGGCCGUCCGCCCGGCGAGUUGUGACCGCGGCGAACAAGGACAACCUACCCGCCUCAUUCCCUCUGGAGCCAGCGUGCUGAAAGGAACCGAGGGACAAGGGAAAGGAAUGGCUGAUCCUCUACGGAGGACUUUACUAGCGAAACUCCGAGGGAAGAAAUCCAAGAAAGGAGAGACGCUCGGCGCUGGAUUGGACUCCACUGCUGCUGCUGUGGCGGCGAAUGUGGGCCGAGAAGGUUCAGGAGGUGUGUCGUUUGGAGAAACCCAGAAGAAACACGUCGUCUCGGUUCCGUGGCAGUGCAGCGUUGGGGAUUCAAUCGGGUUCGGGGACAAUUCAAGCCAUAUUUAUUCCUUUGAACGAACUGGGUUUUGUACUACAGCAGACAGGGAGCCCAUUGUUAGAGGACAUUCCCAACGUGUGUCAAGGACUGUAGUUACUGUAAAUAUACACAACACAAACAAGACUUUUGACAACCAGCAAAGCUUGGACACAUCAGUGAUCUGUGGUAACACAGAAGAAAACCUUUUCAGAACAAUUGAGAGUUUUGACCCCACAUACUCCGGUGACUUCAGAUGCCCUCUGCAGAGCCCUGCCUUCUUCCCUACUGAGCUAGAAAUAUGUGAUAUUAACAUGGCAUCCAUGUGCGCCACAAAAGGACCACUCAGGUGUCCGUUAGACAGUGAGGAUGAUGAUUAUUAUGAUAAUGAAAUUCUACCUUUUUAUGAAGCUGUCAGAGCAAAAAGUGAGGGUGAUAGUAAUGUUGUGCAGCUGCCCCACAUAGGUCAGGAUGAAGGACAGGCUGAUGAGAGUCCCAGUGCCCAGGAAACAGACAGGCUUAAGAACCAGCUGAAAGAGGCUUAUUACCUCCUGAUUAAUGCUAUGAAUGAUAUCAGUCUGGAUGUCCAGCAGGUUAGCGGAAAUUUAACUGAGCAUCAAACCACCUCCUCCUCUAGUAGCCACUCUAGGGAUAGCUUGUGCUCAAGGUUGUCUGGCAAAAUCAUGGACAGCGACUCAUGGUCCUCUGGGGGUGACCCCAGCCCUCAGCAGGUGUCUGACACUGACUCCCUCCUACUGUGCCUAAGUGGCAACCUUGAGUCAGACCUCAAAAGCACACUGAAAAGUAAGAGCAUGAUGAACCUGUCUGUUGCUAAGCCAAACCCCACUUUAGUGCGCUCUGCUAGCGACGGAGCCAUCAGGUAUCCAGGUGGACCUCUGCUGCGCACAAAUCCUCUUAGAACCAGUCCAGUCAUUUGUGACGAUGAAGUUAUUCCAGAGCUAAAAUCAGUUAAAAAGAGUGAAGAUGCCGAAGUUAAAACAGCGGGUGACUCUUCAAACCCUCAGAUGGUCUACAAUGCUAUCGGCAGUGAGGAACGUUUUCAAGAAACUGCUGGUGAGGAAGACCAAAGUGAGCACCUUGCUGAAAGCAGUGGUUCAGUCAAUAGCCUCACUGGUUCUUCUGACAGCAACACAGAGGCACCAGCAAGUCCAGAUCACGACGACAAGCGGCAGUCGACAGGGGUCCGAGUACAGGGGGCCAACUCAGUCAACAAGGGACAUGGUGUUACGGUCAAUAAGAUGCAAGAGUGGAUGCACAAAGGCCGCCUGUUGUCAUCAGAAAUGAAGCAACGCAUAGAGGGCUCAUCCUUGGUCCGCGGGGGGAGCCAAAAUCAAGAGCGACCCUCUCUGCAGGUGACCCAGGGGGCGUUGUGUAAGCCAGGGAUCCAAACAUCCAGCAGAGUGGUAAAAUCUGUCAAGUCCCCUGCAAGCAAGAUACCAUGGCAUCCAGCUGUCAUUGAGAAUGUCCAAACUCAAGGGGCUGCCAAGGCCGUUGAGCUUUCAACAUGGCGACCACACCUCCACACCAUCACGGUUGCCAAGAAGCGCAACUGGCUGCAGCAGAGCUCCCUUGGAAAGAACCAUUGCACUAAGGAAGAGCUGCAAGGCAAGCUAGAAGCUGAGGAGGAGGCCUGCCAGUGUUCCACACAGCUACCUCCUCCUCCCAGUCCCUCCCCAGAGCAGCUGAGAGGUUCAGGGGGAGCAUCAUCACGCCCAGACCACCUGCACCUACCCAAGGUGAGCGUCACUCAGCCCAAGGCAUCGCCUCACCCAAGGAGUGUGGACCCAGCAGAGGAGAAUGAUGCCGAUGAUGAGGGCGAAAUCUGGUACAACCCAAUCCCUGAGGAUGACGAACUUGAGGUGUCCAACAGACCCUCCGUCCGGCUGCUCAUUCCCCAUCGAGCUGAGCCCCAGAGGAGACCCAGCAAGGGACGAGAUGCGGCUCACAGUGGGAGAACCCUAGAGGCCAGCGGCCCGGAGUCUCAUGAGGAAAGUAGUUCAGCAGAUGGGAGUCAGGGGAAUGCUGCACAUUCCACAGAGGCAGUGCAUCUGCACAGACAGAUGCUCGCGUGCAAACCACAGGAGGAGGGAGGACAUUCUACCAGCAGAUCUCUAGAUGUUCCCGACAUGAGCAGUACUCUUGGCUUCUCCCCACCCUCCAGCCCAAACCCUACUAAGAAGAGCAGCGCCAUUAACUGGUCAUUCCCAGACAAGAUCAAGUCCCCGCGCACGGUCAGAAAGAUCUCCAUGAAAAUGAAGAAGCUUCCAGAGCUCAGUAGGAAACUCAGCGUCAAGGGCCAAAGCAGCAGUAACGCCAAUGGAAGUGCUCAUAUAGAGCACAGAUCCCAGUCACUCCGAGCCACCGGUGGAGGGUCUGAAGCCCCCCAGACAUCUGGCUCUCAGAGAUUAGCUGCAUCUGGGGUUGGGCAGGCCAGCCGAAAUGUGAUCUCACGCUAUCACCUUGACAGCAGCGUGUCCACACAGCACAGCUUCAGUAAGAAGAAAAACAAUGGGAGUUCCAAAUCCGCCAGCAAAGGGGGAUACUUAAGUGAUGGCGAUUCACCUGAGCUGGUGGCUAAAUCUGGGAAGCACGGUUCUGUUGAGAGUAAGGGGGGGAGGGGUAAGGACACAGACGGAACAGGUGGAAGCUCAAAACUAAGUGGCACAGAUUUGGACAUUGAUGCUUUCCGACAUUAUAGCUUCACAGAGCAGCCCAAAUGUAGCCAGUACAUCUCUGGACUGAUGAGCCUGCACUUUUAUGGGGCAGAGGACCUGAAACCGCCUCGCAUUGAUUCUCGUGACGUUUACUGCGCCAUCCAAGUGGACUCUGUUAAUAAAGCAAGAACUGCGCUCCUCACAUGUCGAACUACCUUCUUGGACAUGGACCACACUUUCAACAUUGAGCUGGAGAACGCCCAGCAUCUGAAGCUGGUUGUGUUCAGCUGGGAGCCUAUGCCAAGACGAAACCGUGUCUGCUGCCACGGCACGGUGGUCCUGCCUGCACUCUUCAGGGUCACACGUUUCCACCAGCUGGCGGUCAAGCUGGAGCCUCGCGGGCUCAUCUAUGUCAAGCUGGGCCUGAUGGAGCAGUGGCAAAACUCUUUGGAUGGAGGGCCAGAUGGAGACAGGGAGCCCCAAGUUUUUGGUGUGGAAGCAUGGCGAGUGGUGGAGAGGGAGGACACCGGACUCAUGGUGCCGCUGCUCAUAAGCAAAUGCAUCAAUGAGAUUGAGAAGCGGGGUUACCAGGUGGUGGGGCUUUACCGUCUUUGUGGCUCUGCAGCUGUAAAGAAGGAGCUACGGGAGGCGUUUGAGAGAGACAGUCACGCCGUGGAGCUCUGUGAAAACACCUAUCCUGACAUCAACGUCAUCACAGGUGUAUUAAAGGACUAUCUACGAGAGCUACCCUACCCUCUGAUUACCAAGCAGCUGUAUGAGGCAGUGUUGGACUCCAUGGCCACCAGACCUCUGAGGAUGGGAUCAGGGGGCUGUGAGAACGACCAGGCUGACUCAGAACACACCGUCAGUCUGCUGGACAACCUGCCUGAGGUGGAGAGGAUGACACUGCGGAAACUUCUUGACCACCUCAAGUUGGUGGCGUCCCACCAGGAAGUAAACAAGAUGACAUGUCAGAACCUGGCGGUGUGCUUCGGCCCCGUGUUGCUCAGCCAGCGCCAGGAGGCGUCCUGUCACAGCAACCGAGUCUUCAUCGACUCAGAGGAACUCGCCAGUGCGCUGCACUUUAAAAAGCACAUUGAAGUCCUGCACUACUUGCUGCAGCUCUGGCCAGUUGUGGACCCUCAUGAUCAGUCCUCCUCCACGGUAGCCUCAUCGCUUCCAGCUUCUGACUCGCUCACCGCCCCUCCUCUACGGCGGCGAAAAGAGCGCCCUCAGGUGUUAAAUCUCACAGAAGCGGAGAUGGCUGGCGUUUUGCGUCCAAAACCUGGACGCCUGGACAGCCCGAGCAACCGCUACGCGGGCGACUGGAGUGACUGCGGCGAGAGCUACUUCCCCUCUGAGUUGCCACUUCCUUCCAGCAAAGAGGAGGCCGACUAUGACGACGUGCCCUCGGAGGACACCGAAGCGGAACAGCCUGAGGAUGCAGAGGAGGCUACUCUGCAGGAGGUUACCAACCCUUUGCCUGGUCCUGCUGAUGAGGAGCAAACUCUGAGCCAUCAUACGGUGCAGGAGGAAGAACAGCCAGAGCAGCAGGAGGAAGAGAAGCAGGAAGAGAGCAACGGUUCAGGCAACAAGCAACUGUCGGAGAAGGAGGAGGAGGAAGAAAAGGAAAGCAUGUGCGAGCACAUCUUGCCUCCACGGCUGGCCAAGGAGCACACGUACCAGGCUUACAUGAAGAUCCAGGACAUCAGCCCCGUGCUGAGCAAUAGGGUGAACCUGAGAGACCUUCAGGAGAGCAUCGACACCCUCAUAGGGAACCUGGAGAGAGAACUCAACAAGAACAAGAUCAACGUCGGAUACUGACUUGCAGCACAGACACCCUCACCGAACUCUGCUUCUAAAAUGAACAAAAAAACGGGACAAAUCCGAACUUAACGGGGCACUUCUUUCCCACAGACAUUCCUUUGGUUUCUUUUUACUUUCACCGGCACGUUGUCUUACUUUGUGUUGUCGUUUAGCUCGAGUUUCAUGUUUCAUGUUGUUUUCUUCUUAUUAGAAGAACCCACUGACCCCCUCAGGGGUUUAAAAGGUGCCUUAAUUGUGUGAAGGUGGUCCACCAUAUAGAAAACCCACCCUGAGACAUCCUGCAUCCCCUCUCAAUGCUAACGUUUGCAGACUCCCGUGCUUUUCCACUGCAUGAUAAAUAAUAAUGAGUGAAUGACCAAAAUACAAACAUAAUAAGAACAGACAUCCACUUUUUUCAAAAUGUAUUACUUUCAAACUGUACUUUCACAGAUACUUUUUUUUUUUUCCUGGCAGGCUUUUGAAGCAACAUUUGUCAUGGAGCACUUCCACAUCUUUUCAGCGGUAGGAAAGAAUUUCAGACGCAUUAGAACUUUCAAUUAAGUAUUGCUUUCCAACAAAAAUAGGCAAUUGGGUUGUGAAAGAAAUAUGUGCUGAGAAAACAAAUCAUCAGAAAAGAAAGCCCUGCUUCAUCAUUUUUAGCCGCGGAAGAAACGCUUUCAAGGCCAUUAUUAGUGAGCAGCCCUGCCUGUGUGUUCCCGAUGUUCCAUGGGAAAAACUCAAUAUUUGCCUCAGUUUCUAGCUUGAAAGCUUGCUGUUUAAGUGGGGGGGGGUCCAGUCAUUUCAUAUUGCACUUUCCUACAUUUAGGGUGUCAAAAACAUCAAAUUAAGAAAAAACACAAGUCAGAACGUCAUCGUUUGGUAUACGAAAUGUGAACAUCAUUCCCCAAAUUGGGUAAUGUCCCUCAUACUGUUUUGCGAUUAUUCAUUCCCUUUCAGGCUUUUACAAUUACAUCUAAAUGUGUACAACAUGAAUGCACUUAAAAAGCAGGCGUUUGUCAUUGUAGUUCAGUCACUCGGCGUGUGAACUGAGUGGAGAGACUAACAGCAGUAUGAGCAGCAGUAGUUUGCCCUUUUAACGCUAAUUCCAAAUAUGGAUAUCCUGUAGAAUCAGCACCUCCAAGUCUGAGUCCAUGGUUCUCGCUCGGAAAAGGGUGGCGUGCCAUCUCCUCCCCUCCCACUCAAUUUACAGGUCCAUCUACGUCCCUACGCUCACCUAUGGUCAUGAGCUCUGGGUAGUGACCGAGAGGACAAGAUCGCGGGUACAAGCGGCCAAAAUGUUUUUUUCCCUCGGGUGGCUGGGCUCUCCCUUAGAAGCACUGUCAUCCGGGAGAAACUCGGAGUAGAACCGCUGAGAGGAGCCAGAUGAGGUGAUUCGGGCAUCUGGUUAGGGUGCCUCCCUGGCGAGGUGUUUGUGCACGUCCAACCGGUCGUAGGCCUCAGGGAAGACCCCGGACACAUUGGAGAGACCAUGUCUCUCAACUGGCCUGGGAACGCCUCGGGAUCCGCAGGAAGUAGCUGGACGAAGUAGCCGGGGGUAAACGGUACAAUUGUUUUUUUAAAAAAAAAAUAUUUAAAGUACAUGGACAAUAGUUUUGCAGGUGGUCCUCAGGUUAAGUCGAGUUUUCGUGUACAUCGGAAGUUGUACCUAAAUUACUAUAAAUUCCGGACUAUUGAGCGCACCUGAAUAUAAGCCGCACCUACCAAAAAAGAAAAAAAAUGUACAUACAUAAGCCGCACUUGUCUAUAAACAGCAGGUAACCACGUAACAUGACAGAAAACUUCCACAGAAAGACACACUAUAAACCUUGCAAUCAUACACGUGAGACACUUUUUUCAUCAGAGUUCGACAACUGCUGCAGUCCAAACAGAAGCUUCCUACCUUCUUAAAAUAUUGUCUCAGGCUAGUCUGGAAUGAAAACCUCCUUUUCUCCUCCCAGGUCUCCUUGUAACAGCACACAGAAUCCACGACCCCUCUAGUAUUCAUUAGCAUUCAAUGAUUGUCACGACAGUCAAUACCAAUGUUGGCGGGCAUUUCUACUCUGAGCUUUUUAUGAUGUUCGUUUUCACUUCCAUAGUGAUGGCUGUCCUUUAAGCGUUAAAAAAAAAAAAAAAAAAAACUAUUCUGGAAAGUACGUUGAUUCAUUAUUUAUUCACUCGAAUUACUCCCAAUUUCACAUGACGUAGUUGUGUAUUUUUGUGGCACAGUUGCUACUUUGCUACCCUGCAUGACUCCAGUGUUGGUUCCCCCGUAGUAACAAUUAUCUCACACGGUUCCUCCUGCUUCUGGAAGAAUGCCGCUAAAUGGGAAACUGCUGACUUAGCUGCCAAAAUCAACAACGGAUGUUUUCAGCAAUCCAGGGAUCAAUUCCGAAUAGACAGUAUUUAACCUCUAUGAUUAUGUAUAUAUUAAUAUAAAUGUAUUGGGAGUUGAUUGUUUUGACAGCUUGUGUUCCCGUGGCGUAUUUAAAUACUUCUGAUGACCUUGUAGUGUUGACUUGUAGGAAUAGUCGCAUUUCUUCCCUUCAAGCUACCUGUACACAUCCUCAUUUGCUGAACUCACGGUACAACGUAAGCUGUAAAAUUGAUGAUCAUAUCAGACAUUAUGUUGUUAUUUUUGUUAUACUGUGUACAUAGUUGACCUUUUUCCUGUCUCUGGCGGACUAAGCUGUGUUCAGAAUUUUACGUGUUGUGAUAUUUUUUUUUUUUUUUUUUUUUUUAAAGGUACUGGACGUCGCACGGUCAACAGCUUUAUUGACACAAAUAAGGCUGUUUCUCAUCUCGGUAUUUAUGUGUAAAAAGAUGAUCUUGUAAAGUCACCACGUUCCCACAGUAGAGAGAUGAAUGCUUUGCUUCAGUGUUUUUCCAGAGGACCAGUUUAUAUUUAGUUUCACAAACAGAAUACUGAUUUAUGAACUGAUACUAUGACCGAUAUUAACGUCGUUUGUCGUAAAACGUACUGCAUCUCACUGAAUUUGAAUACGCAUUCACCAGCUCUUUUCACAGAAGGUGAGACAUUCGCAUUCAAAUGUAAUUGCAUGCUAUGAUUUUAUUACAGUUGUCAGCAGUGUUCCAAAAGUGUAACACAAGUUCUGCAUGGGCAAAUACACAACGGGAUGUUUUUAGCAUGUCCUCUGGAGAAAAUAAAAGCAGCAUUUAAAGCAAAAAAUAAAAGACAAUAUUACUUUGUAUGGAUCCUGAGUGAUGUAUGAUCAUAAUAAAGUAUAUUAUUUUA